UAUCAUUGUUAUAUAAAUGGUACAUAAAAAACAAAAGUAAAAUGUUUUUAGCUUAAAAAAUAUGACAUUAUAGUUUUUGAAUUUAAUUAAAUACUGCAAAAUUUUUAAUUGUAUAUUUUAAAUGUUAUAUCUUAGUAAUUUGCGUAGAAUAAAAUAUUCGAUAUUUAAGUGUAGCGAACCUGUAGAAUGUCACAUAUAUUGAUUUUCGUACAUAUAAGCUGAGUCGCCAAAGACUAGAAACUAAAAUACCUUAGUUGUUUGUAGUCAAAAUGUACAAAAAAUAAGUAUAAAGAAAAAAAUAUUUGCUUCAAAAAGAAAUAUUAUAACACAGAUUUUAUUUUUAAAAUCAUAUAUUUCGAGAUUUUAACUUCAAAUUUUUUUGAAUGAAAUGGUAUAUUUUAAUUAAUAUAAUUAUAUUACAAAUUUAAAAAAAUAAAAAAAAUUCAAGGAUAAAUUUUAUCAAUGAAAUCAAUAGCAGUGCUAAAUAGCAGUUGCAACGAUAAUCAUUUUAUUUAUAAAUUUUACAAAUAUCAUUGUUUCUAUUGAUUUUCAUCAUUCAUUCAUUGAUAGCGACAUCAAUUUUAUUUUUAACUUAUAAAUUAAUAUGAUUCUAAUGAAAUGAACUGCACUACUUGAAAUUUAAGAAUUUUUGUUGCAAAUGAAAGAUAUAAAUGAAUUUAUAUUUGAAAAAUUUAAUAAUUAAAUUUAAUAUAAGUAAAUUACAUUAAAAAUAUACCAUAUUAUUUAAAAAAAUUUGAAUAAUUUUAAAAUUUUAAAAAAUAUGAUGUCAAAAAUAAAAUAUUUGUUGCAAUAUUUGUCCUUUGUAACUUUUUUCUUUUUAUUUUUUAAAUUCUUGCAAGCAAAGAAAAUAUUUUAGAUUCUAGUUUUAGGUAAUUCAUUUUAGAAUAAUAUAUUUAUAAUUUAUAGAUAAUUGCAUUAAAUUGCUUGAUAAAUUAUAUAAAUUAUAAUAAAAUUAAAAUCAAAUUGUGCCAAAUCAAUUUUUAUAUGUGAAGUAAAUUAUUACAUUAUACAUCCAAAAAGGAUUUAAAAGUUUAAUUUUAGAUAUGUAUUGUAAAUAAAAUAUACUUUUGAGCAAUUAAAAAAUAAUAAGUUAAGAUCUUUAAUAAUAUUAUUAUGGUAAAAUUUCUAUGAAUAAUAAUUUGCAUAUUCUUUACAUUAUUUUUUCUAUAAUUUCUAUUUUAUAUCUUACAUAUAAAUUAUUUUAUUCAUGUCAUUUCAAUCAAUCUUUUUUUAAAUAAAAAUACAAUUAUAUUUUUACGAAAUAUUUUAUAUUUUUACGAAAAUGUAAACUAAUUACAAUUAAUUGUGAAAUAAUAAGAUUAAUAAUUUUAUUUUUGAAUCUAAUAGUUCUUAUAAAUUUUAAAAUGCUAAAUUAAUAUAAAAUAUACAUAAAAUAGAAUAAAUAGAAUUAUUUUACUUUAAAAUAUAAUUUUUCGUUAUAAAAUAAUAAUAAAAAGAUAAAUUAAAAAUAUAAUAAUAACAUUAUAUAAUAUAUAACAAAUAUAAUAUUAUUGGAUACAUUUUUUUUAUUUAAUUUUAUAUAUCCAUUUUAUUUACAUAAAAUAUAUGUACAUAAUUCUUCAUUUUUAAGGAUUUUUAUGUGACGCCAUGUUGAAUUUUUAUCCAAUCCUUUUGAAGAAUAGAAAUGUAAUGGCAUUACAUUAAAGCGAAACGCAUUAGAAAGGGUUGCAUAAAACUUCAUCAAAAAUCAAUUAAUUUUUUUAUUAACCGAUCAGUCAUCACUUUACGUACAUAUGUAUGUGUAUAUUUUACUUGUUAUCUUAUAUGUAUAUAUUCAAUUUCUUACAAAGUCACAAUUCAAUUUUAUGGAAAUUUACGCUUGUAACCAGGAUUGCCAGAAAAUUCCCGAUGCCAACCUAUAUAUGACAUCAUAGAAAUACUUACGUAAUAGGGUAGAGUGAGAGUAAUUGAGACUGGAUUGCUUUACACGAAAAUGCGAUACCAUCUACUUGCCAUUUCGUAGUACUACAUAGUACGUCAGUAUCUUCGUGACGUCAAUAGGUCAAUACGUCAGUACGCAUAGGUCAACAAUUGGCAUAGAGAAUUUUUCAGUAACUCUGCUCGCGAUUUGCGAGUCGUCGAAUCGUCGUUCUUGAUAAAUAAUAUUUGAUAUGUUUGAAGAACAGAUGGUAUAUAUAUAUGUAUAUAUAUAUUGCUGCAUUUUUAUAUAUAAUUUAAGUGACAAGUAAAAUGUUAUAUUAAUACUUGUAAAUUUUUGUAAAUAUCGAAUGUCUUGAAAUUUAAUGCGUCAUAUUCUACUUUCAACGUAAAUACAAAAUGCCUCAUUUCGUAAGCACCAAAGAUGAAAUUGUACAAAACAUGGACGAUAUCAAUUCUAAUUUUGCUUCUCUUAAAGUAUCUGUUUUGAAGAAAGCUUCUCGCAUAUCAGGCGAAGUGGAUAGAAUUACAAUUGGUCCUAAUUCAAUAACAAAUGAAAAUGAAAAUAAAAAAUCGGAAAAUAUAGAAAAUGAACAAAAUUCUUGUAAUAUAACAAUUCCAAAAAAAUCUAUUCAUUCACAAAAUAAUGGCAUUACAUUUUCGGUAAAAAAAAUUCUUUUAGAAAGUGAAUAUCAGAGAAAAGAAGAAGUUCAGAAAGAAAUUGAGCGUCAUUGGCAACAUAUGAAAGAAAAUGGGAAAGUUAUACAAGAACAUAUAGCAGUAUCACGUUCACAUAUGGCUAAAGAACGUGAACGCAGAAAUAAGGAAAAUUAUGCAUACAUAUUAGCAGAAGAGAGAAUGGCAGAACAAGAAGAAAUACGAAGAAGACAUGAACGACAAAAAGAAGUUGAAGAAUAUAGAAAAGAAAUAAAAGAAAAAGAAGAAUUGACCAAAAAAAUAAUGAUUUUAAGAAAUAUGUAUGUUAAAAAAUAUCAUGACAUUAUAGAGCUUUCUGAAAAUUUUAAAGAUAAAAAUUCUUUUAUGCUAUCAUCUUCUUAUGCCGUAAAAUUAGAAGAAUUACAUCUUCAAAUGAAAGUUGUAGAUGAAAAAAUUAAGAUAGGUGAUAUAACAUCUGUUGAUUUGAAUAUUAUAGUAAAUCUAAUUCAUCAAAUUGAUGAAAUGCAUGGCAUGUUUAAAUCAGAAAUAGAUAGAAUAAAUAUUCAAUGCGAAAGAAACUUAGUUGGAACAGAAAAUACAGUACAUUCUCAUAUUCAAUUACCAGUUUCAGAAAAUCAAGAACUUAAGAAUAAUCAAACAAUUUCUGAAACAACUAUUUCAGAACAAAUAAGUACUAAUAAUUCAGAAAAUAAUAAUUUUCAAGAAUGUGGAGAUGAAGAAAAGCAAAGAAGUUUACAAACAGAUAAUAUAUCUUCAGAUAUUUCACAAAUAACAUCAUCAACUGCUAAUAUAGAAGAAAAUAUAUCAAAAACUGAAUUAGAUAAAGAUCACUUAUAUGAAUAUGUUGAUAAAGAUUUGUUAGAAACAUACAUGAAUAGUCAAAAAUUUUUUGAAAAUCAUGUAAAAAUGCUCGAUGAAUUUUUACUAUCUGCAGCUACGAAAAAAUUUAGAUUUGAAUGCCAAAAAGCAAUAAAUAUACCCGUAAAUGCAAUAUCGGGUAUUAAUCAACAACAUCUGAAAGAUAAAUAUGAAAGAUUAUAUAAUUUGCUUAUGGGAAAAUCUUGGCCGGAUGUUAAUCAAUAUCCGCAGGGUGCAGCCUUUUGUAAAAAUAUUUUAGCUAAAAAGAUAGUUAAUCAAGGUGAAACACUUGUUUCGAGUAAACCAAAGAUGGCAUUUCCUAUUGCUGCUAUAAUUGUAGCCCUUUGGAAUGAUCAUUCUGAUUUUGGUGAUCUACUUUUAUCUCAUUUUCAUAAUGUUUGUCCAUUUACGGUUCCUAUUUUUAUGCCAAAAAUGGUAGGACAAUCGAAUGAAGAUUAUUACAAAUUAAUGGGUUACAAAUAUGACGAAGAUGGUACAAUUGAGAAGCAUGAUAAAUUUUUAAAGAGAAUGUCUGGUUUGAUGAGAUUAUACGCUUCUAUUACUAUCACAAUUCAAAGAAAAGGAAUUACUAAAACUAAUCCACAUGGACUUCAAAAUGCAUGGCGAUGGUUGGCUGCUAUUUUAAAUAUUGAACCACGAAAAGAAGUAUCAGAUAUAUGUGCAACUCUUUUAUUGGAUAUGCUUGAAGUUGCUGGAAAUACAUUAUGGACUGCUUAUCCAAAACAAUUCCAUAAACUCUUAAUAUUAUUAUCGGAAGAAUAUUACCCACGUAUGAAAAAUGUUGGAUGUAUCGGCAGUGGUCCAUUGGUACGAUUAGAUGAAUUUUUGCGAAAUAGUUUAAGUAAAGGUUCAAUACCUGCUCCUGAUGGUCAACUUCCUCCAGAUUUUUGGUGAUCUCAGUAUUAUAAAUUAAUUAUUUAAUUUGAAUUAUAUACCUUGUAAAUUUUUAGCUGUUAUUGAUAUUCGUAAAUCAUUGUCUAUAUAAUAUAAUACGUGAGAAUUUUCUCAUGAAAAAAGAAUUUUAAACUAAUUUGUACAUAUAAAAAAUCAUUAUUUGAAUAUCAUAUCUAUUUAUUAAACUUUCAAUGCAUGAAAAAUAAAAAAUGUAAAAAAAUGUAAAAA